AUGCCUGGAGAGAUCUCGGCUGAGAAGCUGAAACACUGUAUUGACCGUGAACACGAGCCAACGGGGCUCGUCUCGACCGGGGAUAAUUUUGGAGAAAUGAACCCGUCUUCACAUGUGUCGAAGGACGGCGCUGAAAGGGAAGGCCCGGAGAUCGAUCUUUCAGCAACAGAUGAGAUGUUCAAGAGAAAGUUUCUCCGAAAGCGAAAUGCAAUGUACUCGAAACGAAACUACUAUCGCAAAAAAAACGAAUUCAAGGACCUUGAAAAUUGGUCGUUCGAAUUGAGGGCCGAGAAUUUUGACCUCAAGCAGGAAAACAAGCGGCUGGAGGCUAUCCUUGCCAUGGCGCAAGAGAAGGUUCUUCGUCACCUAGGGUCCUUCCGUUUGGGAGAGGUUCCUGGUCUACCUCCGAGACGCAAUCCAGGGCCAUCUACAUUACCCUUUUUGGGCCUCUCGUCUGGACUUCAGGAACGACCGUUUGCCGCUCCGUUCUUUGAUUAUAUGCAAAUGCCAAGAGGGCUGCUUCGAGGAUCGGCACGAUCUAGGCCUUUUCUCGAUCCAACCAUACUACCAAUUGGAAACCUCCCAAGCGCACACUUACCACCUGCACGUAGUGUCCCUUUUGAUGGAAACGAUCGAUCCUCUUUAGGAACUCCUUUUCAACUGCAUUCACCGCUGCUACCUUCAUUCUCGGAAAUGCAGUGCAUUCACAGUUUGGGACAGCCAUUUCGUGCCUCGUCGAGUCCUUCAACUUAUGCGGGCACACCUUCCGACAAAUACAUUCGCUCCCUGGUACUCAUGAACAGCCUGAACAAUCAACAUUAG